GAAGUAGUGUAUUUAUCUUUGACGCGUAUUUAUUCAGUUUUGAUUGGCUGAUAAAAAAUGUUGUCAAAAAAAAAAAAGGUUAAUUCUGCAUGUCUUUUCUGUUUUGUUUAAUUAAUAAAUGACGUUUGAAGAAGAAAUUGUUUUACGACUAAAACGAAACGGUACUUUUGAUUCUAUAAGAAAGCAACUACUAUCAGAGUUCCAAUCUGGUGAUGCUGGGCAAAAGUUUUUAGACAAACUUAAAGCAUUCAUGGAAGAUUUAGUUCAUAGAGAUCCUAGUUUAUUAGAUAAGGACUCUUCCUUUUUUUACGAUUAUGUUUCUGCUGAACUUGAAAGAUCUGGAAUUUAUCAAACAAUACGACAAGAGAUUUUGGAUACUUUGAAAGAUGACUCUCAUCAGAAAAAAAUAGAUGAAGAUAUAUAUUUUGUAACUGAAAAUGAAGAGAAAAACCAAUAAUAAGAAUCAAUCACAAUAGAUACCCGUCUUCACUACCUUAUGAUAUGAUCAAAAUAUAUCGAUACUUUUAAUAAUCUAAUACAGGGCAAAUAUUACAUAUAUAAUAAAGUUUUAUAUAUCACUUUGUCAACAUAAUGCUGCUCAAUUAAUUGUAAUUCUGCUAAUUUUAUCGAAAUUCCUUACGUAUAGUUGUAGUACUUUAUUUAAUAGAAUACGACACUAAUAUGUAAUAUUAUUAUGCAUAUAUUACCAAAGAAAUACAAUGGUUGUAUACCCAGAGAGUACUACUUUUUAUAUUUUCUUAAAUUGUUUUGUUAUACUCGUUCCUUU